AUGGGGGAACUGUUCAGGAGCGAGGAGAUGACCCUGGCCCAGCUCUUUCUCCAGUCAGAGGCCGCCUACUGCUGUGUCAGUGAGCUGGGAGAACUGGGAAUGGUCCAGUUUAGAGAUCUGAAUCCAGAUGUAAACGUGUUCCAGCGCAAGUUUGUGAAUGAAGUGAGGAGGUGUGAGGAGAUGGACAGGAAACUGAGGUUUGUGGAGAAGGAGAUCAAGAAGGCUCUCAUCCCGACUGUGGACACUGGAGAAAACCCAGAGGUUCCUUUUCCCAGGGACAUGAUCGAUUUGGAGGCCACCUUUGAGAAGCUGGAGAAUGAACUGAAGGAGAUCAACACCAACCAAGAAGCCCUGAAGAAGAACUUCCUGGAGCUGACCGAGCUCAAACACAUCCUCCGUCGAACACAGCAGUUCUUUGAUGAGAUGGAGGAUCCCAACCUGCUGGAGGAGUCAUCAUCUCUGAUGGAGGGCAGUGAGGGGGGUCGCGGGGCCCCGCUCAGACUGGGUUUUGUGGCUGGAGUGAUCAGCAGGGAGAGGAUUCCCACCUUUGAGAGGAUGCUGUGGAGGGUGUGUCGUGGUAAUGUCUUCUUAAGGAAGGCAGAGAUUGAGGACCCCCUGGAGGACCCAGCCACGGGAGACCAAGUCCACAAAUCGGUGUUCAUCAUCUUUUUCCAAGGCGACCAGCUGAAGAACAGGGUGAAGAAGAUCUGUGAGGGGUUCCGUGCCUCCCUCUACCCAUGUCCAGAGACCCCACAGGAGAGGAAGGAGAUGCUGGCUGGAGUCAAUAGCCGAAUUGACGACCUCCAGAUGGUGCUGAACCAAACAGAGGACCACCGUCAGCGAGUGCUGCAGGCCGCCUCCAAGACCAUGCGGGUGUGGUUCAUCAAGGUGAGGAAGAUGAAGGCCAUCUACCACACGCUCAACCUCUGUAACAUCGACGUCACCCAGAAGUGUCUGAUCGCUGAGGUGUGGUGUCCCGUCUCAGACCUGGACUCCAUCCAGUUUGCUCUGCGCAGAGGGACGGAGAGGAGUGGCUCCACAGUGCCAUCCAUCCUCAACCGGAUGCAGACCAAGCAGACUCCACCUACAUUCAACAAGACCAACAAGUUCACAUCAGGCUUCCAGAACAUUGUUGAUGCCUAUGGCAUCGGGAACUACCGGGAGAUCAAUCCAGCUCCCUACACCAUCAUUACCUUCCCUUUCCUGUUUGCGGUGAUGUUUGGUGACAUGGGUCACGGGGCGCUGAUGACCUGUGCUGCCCUCUACCUGGUCAUCCGAGAGAGUCGCCUCGUCGCCCAGAAGUGUGACAAUGAGAUUUUCAACAUGGUGUUUGCUGGUCGCUACAUCAUCCUCCUGAUGGGGCUCUUCUCCAUCUACACCGGCGUCAUUUACAACGACUGCUUCUCCAAGUCACUGAAUAUGUUUGGCUCUGGAUGGAGCGUCAGGCCCAUGUUUAGCCCCAAAGGAGCUAACUGGACAUUUGAGACCCUGGAUGGAAAUAAUGUUCUACAGUUAGACCCUGCUGUUCCUGGUGUGUUCAACGGGCCGUAUCCGCUUGGAAUCGACCCGAUCUGGAAUCUUGCCACCAACAAGCUGACUUUCCUCAACUCUUUUAAAAUGAAGAUGUCUGUGAUCCUGGGUGUCAUCCACAUGCUGUUUGGAGUGUCUCUCAGUCUCUUCAACCACCUGUACUUCAAGAAGCCACUGAACAUCUUUCUAGGCUUCAUCCCAGAGAUCGUCUUCAUGUUCAGCCUGUUUGGAUACCUUGCCCUGUUGGUCUUCUACAAGUGGACGGCAUAUGACGCCUUUACUUCCAAGGAUGCUCCCAGCCUGCUCAUCCACUUCAUCAACAUGUGUCUCUUUAACUACAAUGACCCGACCAACAAGCCCCUGUACAGGGGACAGAUGGGGAUCCAGAUUUUGUUGGUGCUAAUUGCCCUUGCAUGUGUACCCUGUAUGCUGAUUGUGAAAACAAUGGUGCUUCGGCGUCAGCACCUGAGGAAAAAGCAACUGUCCCAGAAGAGGGAUGAAACCCCUGCAGAGAAUCUAGAGCAGUCUUUAGAGCAAACAGGCGUGUCCUCAUCAUGCACCGGGCUCACCCAACAGGGCACACAGAAGUUUGGAGGUGUCCGGGUGGGUAACGGGCCUACGGAGGAUGAGGCUGGCAUUGUGGAUCACGACCACCUCUCCCAGCACUCGGAGGAAGGAGAAGAGCAAUCAGAGGAGGAGCCGUUUGAUUUUGGAGAUGUUGCAGUCAUCCAGGCUAUCCAUACCAUAGAAUACUGUCUGGGAUGCAUCUCCAACACGGCUUCCUACCUGCGCCUCUGGGCCCUCAGCCUGGCUCAUGCACAGCUGUCGGAGGUGCUCUGGACCAUGGUCAUGCACCUGGGUCUGUCGUCCCGGAGCGGGGGCGGGUUCUUUGGUCUGUCAAUCAUCUUCUCGGCCUUUGCCACUCUCACUGUCGCCAUCCUGCUUGUCAUGGAGGGGCUGUCAGCCUUCCUGCACGCCCUACGUCUGCACUGGGUGGAGUUCCAGAACAAGUUCUACUGUGGCCAGGGCUACAAGUUUUUCCCCUUCUCAUUCGACAGCAUCCUGGAGGGGCGAUUUGACGAGUGA